UCCUCCAGUCACUGUCUCUCCGUCUUCUCAGAAGCAGGAAUGGGGCGAAGAGGGCGGCGCUGGGCCACCUGCGCAGUGGUGGAAACUGAGGCCCCGGGAGGAGACGGGCCUUGGGGCUGAGCCCGCAUAGAAGGCUGGAAUCCUAGGGCUCCCUCCACCCGCGGGGUCUCCGGGAAGCGCGCGGCGCGGGCUUUUUGCUAGAGCCUGCACUGGCUGUGUGAGCUUGAGAAGGAACAUGAAGGUUGGCUGGCCAGGUGAGAGCCGCUGGCAGCUGGGCCUGGCUGUGGAGGACAGCCCAGCUCUGGGAGCACCGCCGGUGGGAGGCCUCCCGGACGUGGUGCCGGAGGGGACGCUGCUCAACAUGGUCCUGAGGAGGAUGCACCGGCCCCGAAGCUGCUCCUACCAGCUGCUGCUAGAGCACCAGCGCCCCAGCCGCAUCCAGGGGCUUCGCUGGACGCCACUCACCGACAGUGAGGAGUCCCUGGAUUUCAGUGUGAGCCUGGAGCAGGCAUCCACGGAGCGGGUGCUCAGGGCUGGGAAGCAGCUGCAUCGACAUCUCUUGGCCACCUGCCCAAACCUCAUCCGUGACCGAAAGUACCACCUGAGGCUCCAUCGGCAGUGCUGCUCUGGCCGGGAGCUAGUGGACGGGAUCUUGGCCCUGGGGCUUGGGUUCCAUUCCCGGAGUCAAGCCGUGGGGAUCUGCCAGGUGCUGCUGGAUGAAGGUGCCCUCUGCCAUGUGAAACACGACUGGACCUUCCAGGACCGAGACACCCAAUUCUACCGUUUCCCGGGGCCGGAGCCAGAGCCCGCGGGGCUCCAUGAGCUGGAAGAGGAGUUGGUGGAGGCUAUGGCCCUGCUCUCCCAGCGGGGGCCUGAUGCUCUGCUCACUGUGGCGCUUCGAAAGCCCCCAGGUCAGCGCACAGAUGAGGAGCUGGACCUCAUCUUUGAGGAGCUGCUGCACAUCAAGGCUGUGGCCCACCUCUCCAACUCGGUGAAGCGGGAAUUGGCGGCAGUUCUGCUCUUUGAACCACACAGCAAGGCAGGGACUGUGUUGUUCAGCCAGGGAGACAAGGGCACCUCAUGGUACAUUAUCUGGAAGGGAUCUGUCAACGUGGUGACCCAUGGCAAGGGACUGGUGACCACGCUGCAUGAGGGAGAUGACUUUGGACAGCUGGCCCUGGUGAACGAUGCACCCCGGGCAGCCACCAUUAUCCUGCGAGAAGACAACUGUCAUUUUCUCCGGGUGGACAAGCAGGACUUCAACCGUAUCAUCAAGGAUGUGGAAGCAAAGACCAUGAGGCUAGAAGAACACGGCAAAGUGGUGUUGGUGCUGGAGAGAACCUCUCAGGGAGCCGGCCCUUCUCGGCCCCCAACCCCGGGCAGGAACCGGUAUACCGUGAUGUCUGGCACCCCGGAGAAGAUCCUAGAACUGCUGUUGGAGGCCAUGAGGCCCGAUUCCAGUGCUCAUGACCCAACAGAGACUUUCCUCAGCGACUUCCUCCUGACCCACAGCGUCUUCAUGCCCAGCACCCAGCUCUGCGCUGCCCUCCUGCACCACUUCCACGCGGAGCCCGCGGGAGGCAGCGAGCAGGAGCGCAGCACCUACAUCUGCAACAAGAGGCAGCAGAUCCUGCGGCUGGUCAGCCAGUGGGUGGCCCUGUAUGGCCCCAUGCUCCACAAUGACCCUGUGGCCACCAGCUUUCUCCAGAAACUCUCAGACCUGGUGAGCAGGGACGCCCGGCUUAGCAACCUGCUGCGGGAGCAGUGGCCGGAGAGGCGGCGACACCACAGGUUGGAAAAUGGCUGUGGGAAUGCAUCUCCUCAGAUGAAGGCCCGGAACAUACCUGUUUGGCUCCCCAGCCAGGACGAGCCCUUCCCCAGCAGCAACUGUGCCAUCCGAGUUGGAGAUAAAGUCCCCUACGACAUCUGCCGGCCGGACCACUCGGUGCUGACCCUGCAGCUGCCUGUGACGGCCUCGGUGAGAGAGGUGAUGGCCGCGCUGGCCCAGGAGGACAGCUGGACUAAGGGGCAGGUGCUGGUGAAGGUCAACUCUGCAGGCGAUGCCGUUGGCCUGCAGCCAGAUGCCCGUGGUGUGGCCACAUCCCUGGGGCUCAACGAGCGGCUCUUUGUUGUCAACCCACAGGAAGUGCACCAGCUGACCCCACACCCCGAGCAGCUGGGGCCCACCAUGGGCUCUGCUGAGGGGCUGGACCUGGUGAGUGCCAAGGACCUGGCAGGCCAGCUGACGGACCACGACUGGAGCCUCUUCAACAGUAUCCACCAGGUGGAGCUGAUCCACUACGUGCUGGGCCCCCAGCACCUGCGGGAUGUCACUACCGCCAAUCUAGAGCGCUUCAUGCGCCGCUUCAACGAGCUGCAGUACUGGGUGGCCACGGAGCUGUGUCUCUGCCCCGUGCCCGGCCCGCGGGCCCAGCUGCUCAGGAAGUUCAUCAAGCUGGCGGCCCACCUCAAGGAGCAAAAGAACCUCAAUUCCUUCUUUGCCGUCAUGUUUGGCCUCAGUAACUCGGCCAUCAGCCGUCUGGCCCACACCUGGGAGCGGCUGCCCCACAAAGUCCGGAAGCUGCACUCGGCCCUUGAGAGGCUGCUGGACCCCUCGUGGAACCACCGAGUAUAUCGACUGGCCCUCACCAAGCUCUCCCCUCCCAUCAUCCCCUUCAUGCCCCUUCUUCUCAAAGACAUGACCUUCAUCCAUGAGGGAAACCACACGCUGGUGGAGAAUCUCAUCAACUUUGAGAAGAUGAGAAUGAUGGCCAGAGCCGUGCGGAUGCUGCAUCACUGCCGAAGCCACAGCAGCGUGCCCCUCUCGCCCCUCAGAAGCCGCGUCUCUCACCUGCACGAGGACGGCCAGGCGGCGAGGAUUUCCACGUGCUCGGAGCAGUCCCUGAGCACCCGGAGUCCAGCCAGCACCUGGGCUUACGUCCAGCAGCUGAAGGUCAUCGACAACCAGCGGGAACUCUCCCGCCUCUCCCGGGAGCUGGAGCCUUGAGGAGGGGCCUGGGGGAGCAGGCACUUCCUCCAGGAAAGCCAGGGCGCGCCCGGGCCAGGAGGCCCACAGGCUGGCCACAGCUGGGCAGGGCUCUCCGCGGAGCGAACUCGGGGCCCCGGAGCGGGCAGUGAGGACGCAGCUGUCCCCUGUGAUGACUGGCGGCCAAGGAGGACCUCGGAAUGAGCUGGGCCCAAGGCCAAGGAAUGGGGGACGGAGAGGCCCUGAGUGGGUGGGAGAGCUGAGCAGACGCUGGGACUCUGUGUUCAAUAGAGAGCUCUCCACACCAGGUUUUUUCCA